GCGAGAUUUAGCAACAACUUGUUAUCAGGUGCAAAUACUCGACCUUAAAAUUAGGUAAAGGACAGUUGUUCUUCAGGCUUGGAAAUAUAUAGUAUAUUUAUAUUGUCUAUACCUGAAUCAGCGUAUAUAGCUUGAUCAUUAGGAAUCGCUUACCUUUAGGAGAAACCCCAAGUUUUAUAAGUGAUUUGAUAAAAGACUGUUCUCAACUCGACAGAAAACGAACGAUUUGAUAAAAGACUGUUCUCAACUCGACAGAAAAUGGCGCAGAGUGCUGAACCUGUCACACAAAAGGAAGAUAAAAUCAAAGUUAUGCUUCAGAGAACAUUGUCCAAGGAAUUAACUACCCUGUUAACAGAGGAGUCGCUAGUAGAUCUUGUGGUUAUCGUGGAAGGCCAAAGGUUUCCAUGCCAUGGUGUAGUGUUAGCAUCCUUCUCUGGCUACUUCAGGUCUAUGCUAAUAUCCCAAUGGAAAGAGAGAACCAGCAGGGAAGUUACUCUGGAUAGUGGCAAUGUAACAAAAGAAGUUUUUCAGCAGAUUUUGGAUAUUAUUUAUAAACAACAAUUCCCACUUUCUUUUGAAAAUGCCAAGGAAAUCCUUAAGUCAGUCUGCUACUUGCAAAUAGAAUGCAUUGAAGAAAUCUGUGUCCAGUUUUUGAGUGAAAAUAUGAUGCCUGAAACUUGCUUAGGACUCUGGGAGUUUGCAGAUCAACUUGCACUGGAAGAAUUAGCUCACUUAACAUUCAGAGAAGCAGUGAAAAACUUUACAAAUGUAAUAAAACACCAAGAAUUUCUGAAAAUUUCCAAGACCAAGCUUCUGAAACUAGCAGCCACACUCUCUACAGAUUUGAAGAUGAACAUGUACCUCUGCGGAGGCAUUUUGAAGUGGAUGACUGAAGACUGGGAUCAUAAAAAGCAAUAUCUGGAAGAGCUUUUACAUUUUGUCAAUUUUCCGUUGCUGCCCCCUCGUGCACUGAAUGAUCUCCGAAGAAACACAUCUUUUCCUUGGCACAAUGACCAUAAACUGAAAGAACUCAUUUGUGAGGCUGUCACCUAUCAUCUGGAAGGAAAUGUCCCUGGAGAUGAUAAAGUUAAGCAAGAUAUCCUGUCUCGUCAGUGUAAUGUCUCUGAAAACUCAGAUCUUUUCAGGGGUGUCCUGAUACUGGGUGGCAGUUCUGAUGAUGGAGAAUUUUUUGAGACUUUGAAGGCUUUCUCAAUCCCAGAUUCAGAUCAAACCGAUUAUGACAUUCACACAUUGAGCUCUGUUCCCUGGACAAGGGGAAAUGCUGGUCUUGCUGCUUGCGUCUGGAGGAAUGAUGUCUAUGUCAGUGGAGGAUCUGACAAACCUACUAGUUUUGUAGUGUACCGCCCUGGUACUGGAAAAUGGGAGACGCUGGCUGAUUUGCCACAUAGUCGUCAAAAUCAUAUCAUGGCAGCAGUAAAUUCAAAAUUUUUUAUUUUGGGUGGAGCAGAUCCAGCUUCAGAUAAAGCAUUGCACAAUCCAUGUCCUGAGAUUCUACUCUAUGAGCUCCAAACCAAAUCAUGGAGCACCUUUGGCCAUUUGAAGGUUCCAGUUCAGCAUGCAGCAUCAGCUGUGCUUGGUCAUAUGGUCUACAUCUUUGGUGGGAAAGAUGGUGAGGAUAAAUCCAUAGCUGAUGUGCAGUGUCUGAACACUCUCAGUGGUGAAGUCUAUAUAUGUGGUCAUCUCCCAUCCCCAACAUUUGGAAAUCAAGCUGUAAGUGAUGGAGGAACUGUCUUUGUGGUGACAUCUGAAGGGGAUGUCCUUGAGAUGAUUGAAAAUUAUGCACUCACUGAUGAAAUAGAGCAACACAUCGUGAAAGAUAAUAGCUGUAUGGACAAAGAGCCUGGGCAAGCCAAUUUAGGCUGCUGUGUACCAGAAGGAAGUUUUGUGGAUGGUCCUGGUGUGGCAUCUGUAUGUGAUCAGCAGACUAAGCUUGAUGGCACAUCAGAGGUUGCGGCACCUGAUGAGAUGACUGAUGUGACUUCAGAUAUAUCAGACAUCAUGGAGUCAGAAAAGGAAAAGAAGACUUUAUUGGCAAUUAGCUUCAAGUGGAUUUGCCAGCACAACCCGACACAAAACUUCGGCAUUUUUUGCGACAAUGAUAUUUAUAUGUGGGGAGGCUGUAAUAACAAAGGGAAUUUGCUGAAUACCAUGAGAUCUGUAAGUUUAUCAUCCAGGAAGACAAUGAUACGGCAUACAAUUCUUCCCUGUGGAAUGACACACUUUGCUGCUUUUAUUGUGAACAUCCCUAAAGUGUUUGUUGCUAAAGACAAAUGUCUACAGAGUGUGUUUCUGUUCAUUUUCAACCCAGAAAAACUUCCAACUAGCAAAAAGAGAAAAGUAAAAAAUGUUGACUGGAGCCUGCAUCUUUCAACAAAUGCUGAUGAUGGUUGCCUUUAUGCUAAACUUGAGUAUCCAUCCAGACAGAGUUUCAGCUGUAAGGUUUCAUGCCGGCUGAUCACAAAUGCCUUGUUAAGAGCAACUGACUACACCUUCACUUUGAACAAUUAUAAAUCCAACAAAUUAAAGAUAAUUUCUAUGGAGGACUUAAGAGCUGCUGAUGGCCCAUAUCUUGAGGACGGAUUAGCAGCACUGGAAGUUUUUUUUUCUUUUAUCACAGAUUAGCAUAUUAGAUUUCAUUUUGCUGUGGUAUCGAUCACAUUUGAUAUUUUUCCAAGUCUCUUGCUUUUUUAAAUUCCUAUAACUGAAAAUGUCAGUAUUUAUGUAAAGGGACUUGUAGUAACAACCCACAUUUUUUUUAAAAAUGUAACCUUGUUUCAGUGUAAGGAUUUAUAGUACAAGCUUUCAUUGUAGACAGGGUCUAGAAUUACACAAUUGCAAUAGUUCUAUGGUAUGAUGCUUUGCAGUUCUGUCAAUGCUGGAAGUCUUGCCUAAGCUUUUGGGAAUAGACCUUUUUGCAUUUGCUUUUGUUCAUGAUGAUUUUUCCAUUUAUCAAAUUUCUUCUCUUCACCCUUUCUGAAUUUCACCAUGCAUUUCGAGAAGGAAGAAAACAAUUUGAAAAUAAAUUUAGAGUACUGUUUACUGACAGUUCUGGCUAAAUUUAGAGUAGAUGUGUCUAAUACUGCACUUUUCGAAGAAGACACACUGCACAUGACCUGCUGUGUCCAUUAUGUAAAAUAUACGGAGAACAUGAAGUUCACUUUGUUCUUUGUUGUAAAACCCUACAGCAUCUCAGAGUAAGGUUCAUACAAAGAAAAUGGCAUAGUAAUCCAAACAGUGUUAAAAUGAGUUUGUUAUUGGCUUCAACAAGUGAAAAAAUUGUAAAGAAUUUGGUAUUAUAUAUCUUUUCUAUACAGUGGAACCUCGGUUAACGAACUUAAUCCGUUCUGGAAAGCUGUUCGUUAUCCGAAAUGUUCGUUAUCCGAAACAAUUUUUUCCAUAAGAAAUAAAGGAAAUAGAUUUAAUUGGUUCCCA